AUGGCGUUACCACGUCAUGCAGCGCGGCCCUUGGCUAUGUGUCGGCAGUUCGCUAGAAAGCAUUCCACUUUUCACUCUACUCACAGACAAAGGCAGUUGUCGACAUAUCUAUCACUUGCAGGCUCCCGUCCACAAUCUGUUCAGCUCGUCAAGCCGUUUACACAACAUCGGGCAUCUUUGCAAUCAAGACUGGCGACGGUGGUAGCACAACACAAUGGACCGUCGAGGUCACUUCCCGAGUACAAGCCACCCACUACUGGCUUCCUAUCUUACCUGCCUCAAAAAGCCGUUCCAUAUGGUGAGCUGAUGAGGUUGCACAACCCGGUCGGCACAUAUUACCUCUUCUUUCCUUGCAUGUUCAGCACACUCCUCGCUGCAACUAUGGCGACCCCCCUUGCUGCACCAUCCGCCGUCAUCAGUACAACCGCCCUUUUCUUCACAGGAGCUCUUGUUAUGAGAGGUGCUGGCUGUACUAUCAAUGACCUUUGGGACCGAAACCUUGAUCCACAUGUCGAACGAACGCGGUUACGUCCACUUGCUAGACGAGCAAUUACACCUCAGCAGGCUAUUGUCUUCCUUGGGGGACAGCUUACUACGGGUCUGGCUGUCCUCCUGUCGCUACCCUUCGAGUGCUUCUGGUACGCGACACCGUCCCUUGUAUUGGUCACUCUUUAUCCUCUAGCGAAAAGAGUAACCUACUAUCCUCAAUUCGUUCUCGGACUCACCUUCUCCUGGGGUGCGAUGAUGGGUUUCCCAGCUCUUGGAGUCGACCUACUGGCGAACCAAGCAGCACUUACAGCGGCAGCUUGCCUCUACGCUAGUAACGUCGCAUGGACCAUUCUGUACGAUAUGAUUUACGCACACAUGGACAUAAAGGAUGAUGCCAAAGCUGGCAUCAAGAGCAUCGCGCUCAAGCACGAAAAGGAAACAAAAGUGGUCUUGUCGGGUCUCGCUGUUGUCCAGCUUGGCUUACUAUCCGCUACAGGAGUCGCGGCAGGGUUAGGGCCUGUCUUCUUUGUCGGAACUGUUGGGGGAGCCGCAGCCACAUUGGGCACCAUGAUUCGACGAGUGAAGCUGAAGGAGGUCAAGAACUGUUGGUGGUGGUUCGUGAAUGGUGCAUGGUUCACUGGCGGUGCCAUCAGCCUGGGCCUGGCUGGAGAGUAUGCCGCGCAUCUUUUCGGCUGGUACGGCGAUGUGGAAGAGGGUGGAGACGAUUGGAGGUCUGUUGCUGCUUGA